AUGCUUUUAAACAACCUCAAUUUGAAAUUGCUCGACCUUGAGCCCGAAGUGCCGCCACUUGGUGUGUCUGUUGUGUUUUGGGGUGUCGCCAGUGUACUACACAUGUUUAAGACACGCUACCAGUUCGAGGCGAAAUAUCCACAUUCCAUUUCCUUUGCAGCCGAUGAGUCCCUUCUUGGACUGAGAAAGGAAAAUGAUCACUGGCUCUUAGCCUAUCAUACAGAUGGACGCCUUGGAGCUGUGCCUUUCAACUACGUCCAAGAAAGAGGGAUUGACAAAACGACAGAAGCGUUGACGCUAAUAAACUCUGCGAUCUCUGCUCUUCAACAAAGCGACAUCUUCGAUAAAGAUGGCGUUAUAAGGUAUUGCAUAAUUUGUAUUUACUUUGCUAGUUAUCUAAAAACCAUGAAGGAGUAUUUGUCUGGCGACCACCUGGGCGCUGAUCGGCCGGUGAUUCCUAUCCGUAGAAAGGAAUUGAUUCCAUCACCUCGACGCAUAUCGGGUACCCCCAACGGCUCUGUUGUCAAAGGUGAAGCCCCGAAAGCUCCGCCGAGGCAUUUAGCUACAGACAAGUUGCCCCCCGGGUUAAGUUUUUUUCUGGUUGACAGACUGCGAUCGGCUACGAAUGCUAGCUAUGGCCGCUGCGUCCACGGUCUUUGUGAGGUCUUGAAGACUCUGGGUAAAUCCGUGCCCCAGUGCUCUUCUGUUGCACAAAUUUUGGGUGCCGAGUUAAAGGAAGCGACUCUGACCGUAAGGCGGUCGACAUACGAGCAUACGUCUGACUGGACUGCUCUGCAAGAACAUAUGUCGAGACUCGAAGCCAAGCUCAAGAAUCUUCAGGAGAACAGUUGGCCGCUUGAGGGCGAUGAAACAGCCGAGCUAGAUGACCUUGACAGUUUUGUAGAACUUUUGUGCAAUGCAAGUCCAGACAUGGUCCGCACCUUCCUCCGCGACGACCGUCUGCCCCAAACUCUAAGCUUCCUUUACCAAAUGGAAAAGAAGCCCCUUAUUAGGAGAUUUUAUCUCCUUCUGGUGAUAGCAACAUGUCAUAUCCAACCAGCCGUCACGCCAGACUAUCUGGAGUCUGUCCUCCCGGUGGAAAUUCUGCGCGUCUUAAGCCUCUGUCCGAUUCCGUUCUUAGCUGCCUACUUUUCAUUAAUUGCCGAGAUGGCAUCAGCGAAAUCAAAUGAUAUGUCCAUUGAUGAAAUAAAUCAUGGUGAGCUGGACUUCGUUUUGUGCUUACGUAUACUGACAGUACUGCUGGCGACGAGCAGCUCCCUUCCCGUUGGUUUUCAGAGUGAGCUCAACCUGCAAUUCUUCGAAGGCAUUUUUAAUAUGGUUUCCAACUUCGGUACACCAGGCACGGCAGUUGUCGACUUAGUCUCCUUCUCUGGUGACUCUACUCCCGUAAAGCCGGGUUCUCCUCCUACAAAGGCCUUCAGGAAGUUGAGUUUCGGCGAUGGAAACCAGUCACCCUCCCUUCCUGCGCGUUCCCCCCGAAACUCCGAGCUGUCGAACAUGGUUAUUGAGGCGUUUGUGAACUUUGUGCUGUCUGCUAAUCGCCACUUUUGUGUUAAUACAACUUCUGGCGUCACGCCCAUCAUGCAGUGCAUAUCUGGAAAAUUUGGGGCUUCACGGGAUCUCCUAGAACAGCUACUUCGAAUCUUCAACCGUGGUGGUGAGUGA